GAGGAAAGUUUGCAUAAAUAUCUUAUCCACCAGCAGAGACUGGUUGGAAUUGCUCCGGAGAAUGUCAUUCCCAUGCAUCGCUGUGAGCCAACUGUAGCUGGGCCCAGACUGCCUCCUUUGCUGCGGCUCUCGAACGAAGGUCUUGCGGCUCCUCUGCUUCCUCCUGUCACCUUCAAUGGUGUUAUCCAGCCAUUCCCAUCCCAGCCUGGAGAUCCCACUGGGAUGGGACCAAAUUACCACCAUACUGCCAAUAGCGAACGGUCUCAGACUUCUUCUUCUUCAUCAGGUUGCACUGGAUUGUUGGAUGGUAUCUCGCUCAACGGAGACCAGAACCUUGUCCACCCUGCUGGUAUUAAUCCAAACCUCCUUGGAAAUCCUGUGCCCCGGUAUGGCGAUGUCCAGGGAAACGCAUUCAGACCCGCCGGGCCGGUCAGUUCAAAUAUCAACAGAGCCCAUAUGUACUCUCCGCUGGCCCUCCAGCAGCAGCAGCCUACACCAGUUCCCCCGCUGCUGCCAGGCGUUUUCCCACGCAUCCCAUACAUCCAACUGCCGCCGCGAGGAACCUCUCGUCGUGCCCGGAGGAGAAGACAUGCAGCUACCCGCCCUCACGCCGGGUUCGACAUCCUCCACGCGAUCCUCCUAAGCAAGGGAGACGCCGCGCAAGAUCUCGCAUACAAAUUCACGGCGUUUCUCGAAGCCCCCGACCUCGGCCACCUCUGGCAGCUGUCCAAAUACUGGAAAAUGUUCAUCAACAAGCAGCUCCCCAGAAUCAUCCGCUUCCGCGUCGAAGCCCGCCACGCCAACGCCGCCAAAAUCUUCCCCUGGCGCUGCUACUCGAGUCUGUACUUCAGUCGGCUCGCACACCCCACAGACAGCAUCCCCGCAUCAUCACAACUACCACCACCACCGCACCCCGGCCCGACGCCCUUCUUAGUAGCCCACACGGCCUCCUUCCGCUGGAUCGCCAUGCUCACGCACCGCACCACAAUCGUCAACGACAUCAUGGCCCUCCUCGCCCAAGCCAACUGCCCGCUCCCCCUGGCCUGCAAACCCGCCAUCAUGAAAGUGUGGUUCCUAAUGAACAUCCCCGACAUGCCGCGGCGCACCUGGACAAUCCAGAACCGCAACCUAUGGACAGACCUGGACAUCCUCCUCGCCAUCUACUUCGUGGUCCGCAUCGACCAAUUCGUCCGCCUCAAACGCGGCAACCAAACCGCCGCCCUCCGCCACCUCAUCAUGGCCCAGUCCUCGCUCGAAUUCCUCUUCAACGUCCUGCGCGGCGACGCCCUGCGCUCGGGCCUCGACACCCUCAGAACCUACCUCCGCUGGCAGUACCCGGCCCACCCGGCGCCCCGCCACCUGCACCCGGACGACGAACUCCUCGGCAUCCCGCCGCACGAGGUCGGCGCCCUGCAGUUCGAAGGCUACGGCCGCGGCCCGCCCGGCGGCCCCGGAUACAACCCCUACGGCCGAUACGGACACCCCCACGAGGGCCGCGCGCCCGCGCGCCUGCGCCGCCCGGACGAGAUGCUCCUCCUGGAAGCCAGACGCAGAGAGCUGAACCUGGAACGCAUCUACCGCGACGUGUUCCUGUUCGGGAGGACCGACGCCCAUACGCGGUGCGACCGACCGGGAGCCCUCUGGGACAUUGAAAUUGCUCGCACUAUCCGCGCCGAGGGACUU